AUGCGUACUCGCCUACAGCCUCGCAGGAGACCACAAGGUAAGCGACCCCCAGGUAAGCUGAAUGUUGCUUUGUUGUCUUUGCCCGCUCACCAUCUUCAUUUCAGCAAUGAGCUAGCUCAACGGCUAGACAACCUUCCAAUCGCUGCCGCCGACGACGCCGUCGCUGCCGAGAACGCCUCCGUGGAGAAACGCUGGUGUCAACUGCGGGACACGGUCCGGCCGAUGACGCUCGCCGUCCUCGGUCGCGCUCCCCGCCAACACCAGGACUGGUUCGACGAAAACGACGCCGCCAUCAGCAAUCUGCUCGCCGAGAGGAACCGCCUACAGAAAGCCUAA